CGGCAAUUCAAAUAAAAACCGAGUGGUUGCUGUGCGGGAUCUCAUCCAUCUCAUCUAUCUCUGCUUCUUGAAUUCAUCUCUUGCCAUGAAAAUGCAGAAUCUGACUCUGCUUUUAGUGCUAUUCCUCUCAACCUGCCACUCUGCUUUCUCCAUCACAGACGGUUUAUUGCCGAAUGGGAACUUCGAACUGGGCCCAAAACGGGGCCAACUAAAGGGCUCAGUAGUUACGGCCCAAAAUGCAAUUCCUAAUUGGAGCGUAACGGGCUACGUAGAAUACAUACAAUCAGGGCAGAAACAAGGUGACAUGCUUCUUGUUGUGCCGGAAGGUGCUUACGCUAUUAGGCUCGGCAACGAAGCUUCCAUCAAGCAGAACGUGAAGCUCGUGAAGGGGUUGCACUAUGCCAUAACGUUCAGUGCUGCACGCACGUGCGCACAGGAGGAGAAGCUCAACGUGUCUGUGGUUCCAACCAAUGAGAAGAGAGAUUGGGGUCAGAUCCCCAUUCAGACCAUGUAUGGUAGCAAUGGUUGGGAGUCCUUUUCUUGUGGCUUCGUUGCUGAUUUUCAAGAUGCUCAGAUUGUCAUCCAUAACCCCGGUGUUGAAGAAGACCCUGCUUGUGGCCCACUCAUUGAUUCCGUUGCCUUGAAGGUCUUGAACCCACCCAGAAGAACCAGAGCGAAUUUGCUGAAGAAUGGAAACUUCGAAGAAGGGCCAUAUGUGUUUCCAAACGCAUCUUGGGGGGUUCUGAUCCCACCACACAUUGAAGAUGCUCACAGUCCUCUAAUAGGGUGGAUAGUUGAGUCUCUGAAAGCAGUGAAGUACAUUGAUUCAGAACACUUCUAAGGAUCUAUGACCUCACCUUUGCCGUUGGUGACGCCAGCAAUGCAUGUGAAGGGUCCAUGAUGGUUGAAGCAUUCGCUGGCAAAGACACAGUCCAAGUCCCUUACCAAUCUAAGGGCAAAGGAGGCUUUAUCAGAGGCAAGUUGAGGUUCAAGGCUGUGUCAACACGUACCCGUGUUAGGUUCCUAAGCACGUAUUACACCAUGAAGAAUGAUAACUCUGGUUCGCUUUGUGGACCCGUCAUUGAUGACGUCAAAUUGCUUAGCGUCCGUUACCCUAGACAUGCUUAAUUAGUUAUAUCCAGGAUAGUUAUGUAGUGUUUAUCUUAUUAUUAUAAGAUUGCAUAGCUAGUGCAAUCAAACCACAUUCCAUGAUGAUCCGAUCCAUUUGGUUUCAAUGAGCAUCGUUGAUGCAUCUCUUGUAACAAUUAUUAUUAUUAUUAUUAUUAUUAUUACUGUACCAUAUAAUUUUCAUCAUCAUGUACUAUCCACCCUGUUUUUCCGUAAAAGUUGGCGAGUUUCUUUC